AUUUUUUCUUUUUAAAGAUUGGUAACACUGAUAUUUUGAUUUUUAAAGAUCAAUUUCAAAUGAAUUAAAAAUUCCAGUUUCAUACACAAAAUAAUAAAUUAUUCAAAAUGUGCCCAACACUGUUCGAAAGCGCUUUGUUACAAGUGGCGUCUAACAUCCAUAUUUACCCCGACGAAGACAUUGAAUUUUUGCCAGUUAACAUAAAAGACAAGCUGCUGUUAACGAUUACGAGGUCUCCGACUCUGACAAACAAAUUAAACUUGAACCUUUGCCUUCCAUUACUGCUUCACAACAGAACCAGAAUUUUAUCAAUUCCGUUUUUGUAUAAAAAGAACCUGCACAAACUCUCGGAAGAUCUUAUUAAUCAAUUGUAUAAAUGUCCCGAGUUAAUGGUUCUCAUACUUCCAGAUUACAUGAAAUGCUCUCCUAAAGCCCUAGUAAAUUGUUUUGUGAAGUUGCCUAAUUUGGAGCGGCUUGAGAUGAAACAUUGCGACGGUGUUACGCACGAUGUAUUAAAAGUUUUGUGGCGUAAUUGCCCCAAACUCCGAAUAAAACCCGGAGAAAUAUUAUUUAUUUAAUACAAGUCGUGCUAUAAUACUGUCAUUAAUUCAUACCUUUAUUACUGUUAUGGUGUUUUGUUAUUAAUUAUACUAUAACAUUACA